AUGCGAGUCUCGAGCUACUACCCCCUCAAGGCCUUCCCGCACCGCUAUGCUCAGAUGCUCGACUGCUAUCUCCAUGGCAUGCCGAUCUGCCAGUGUCCGACAAAAUGUGAUGGAUGUCAGCGCGAGCUCGAUCCCUCCGUUGCUGCACAUCAUCUCCAGACCUGCAAACGCCGAUCCUCCAAGCUUCCCACGGCGCAUGACAACCUUACUCGUACGAUUCGGUCGAUGCUGAACGAAGCUGGUCUUCAGAGCGUCAUCGAUACAGUGGGGGAUCCUCGUUCUCGACGGCAGGUACCCUCCCAUCCUCAUGGCCGCAAGAUGAAGGGCGAUAUCCACAUUCCUGGAAUCCGCGAUCGAGGGUCCGAGCAGUACGAGGGCUUGAUGGCGGACGUGACGUUGGUCCACCCUUACAUUGCGCUCGAUGCCUCUGAGGAUGCGGCGUUUGGUCGGCACUUCGUGCCUGAUGACGGACCUGCUGCUGAGGUCUUGGCUCGCAAACGCGCCGCCACCCAUCAGCGCCUCACCAUGCAGCUGACGCUGGAAGCGCUCUUGUCUGGUGCGAGGCGCAUGACGCCCUUGCGGGCGCAAGCACUUCUCGAGCCAGAGGACAGCUCAUCCUCGGACUUUGUCGAGUCGCCCGAGGAGUCUUCGCCGGAGGUCUCCGACUCCGAUGGGGGACACACUUCGAGUGGCCCCGACGAUCGGCGCGGAGCUGGCGAGGCGUCUCCGUCCCUCACUGUGACGUCGGGUGCCUCCGGAGAGCUCGAGGAUGCAGGGUACCGUCGACCGUCGAGAUGGCAAGAGGGAUGA